AUGGGCACAUCUGAAACAGAGGAAAUUCCAUCUGAACAUCAGGAAACUCUUUCUCACCGUGAGCAUGAUCAAACACUGGAACAGAUACCAAAUUUUGCUUAUCUUGCCUUAUUAGGGUUCUUCCCAAGCAGCUCUCAAGGAUGUGACGCUUUUCUUCGCCACAAGAUGACUCUGAUUUCUCCAUCAAUGUUGAAAAAGUAUGGAAUUCCUUUUGAUAAGGUUACACAAGAGGCAGGAGAAUUUAUAAUCACUUUCCCGUAUGGAUACCACGCAGGAUUUAACCAUGGUUUUAACUGUGCAGAGUCAACAAACUUCGCCACUAUCCGAUGGAUUGAUUAUGGAAAAGCAGCAAAGCUGUGCACUUGUAGAAGAGACAUGGUGACAAUAUCCAUGGACAUCUUUGUGAGGAAGUUUCAACCAGACAGAUACCAGCUGUGGAAACAAGGCAAGGAUUUAUACACCAUUGAUCAUACAAAACCAACUCCUGAAUCAACACCUGAGGUAAAGACCUGGCUACAGAGAAGAAAGAAGAUGAAGAACUUUCCCAAGUGCUUCCAGCACACCAGAUCUCGAUCUAAAAAGCUUAAAACUCCAGAGGACGAGAGAGAAUCUGCUAUGGUAGCUGGUACAGAAAUCUUAGUGACUGAAGCGGUUACUGAUGGCUUCAAGGUCAGUGAAGAACCUGGAAAAGUAGUGAGACUGGUAAACACAGGAGUGCCUUCUGGGGAAGAAGAAAACAGUAGAAGAAUGCAGCUGGAUCAACACUUACUGGAUAAUGUCAAGGUUGCAGGAAGCAGCCAUUCAGACUCAUUUUUGAGCCCUGUUCCUGUACUAGAGAAAACAAAAAUGGAAGAUGAGGACGGGACAGAUUCCAGUCAUCCUCUCAGUACAUUUGAAGAUUCUGUGUCCCGCAUGCCAGCUUCUGAUACCUGUAGAAAAGAGGAGAGUUUGAAAUCUCAUAAUCAAUCUGUUUCAUCCGUACCAUACCGUAAGUCAGAGGGACAAGCUUCUGAAGCAGAAAACCCAGAUAAAGAGGAAAAUGUCCUGAUAGAGGAUGAUGUGAGUGACCUAGAAAGCUGUGGAAGUAGCUUGGAACAUGGAGGAGUGCCCAUUGUAAAAAAGGAUGAAGAUGCUGGCAUGGAAGCAUCCGAUUCAGUGGAAGUUGAAAGAAAGAAAGUAUCUAAGAGUUGGCGUCAUCCACUAAAUAAACCCCCAGCUAGAUCUCCAAUGACUUUGGUUAAACAGCAAGCAACUAGUGAUGAAG